AUGUUUACUGAGCAAGGCUCGCUCACACCACAAACUACACGCCUAACUUCCUCUGCCGUAAGAUGUCCAAAUUGCCUUGAUCCAUCUCCAACAGUAUUUCUUAAUAAAUACCAAAAUAAGCUUUCAGUAUUCUUUAUUCCCGUUUGGUGGUUCAAACCAAAAUUUCUUUGGAUUUGUGAACGAUGUAAAUGGACUGGAGAUACGAAGCCUAAUGACGAACAGGUUCGACAGAGAGAAGAAGCGGAGUUGACGUUACGACAACGGCAACCUUUACCAACUUGGGGAUUGAGAAAGUGUAAGACUUGUGAUAUGGAGGUAAAGCUUUCAAAUGAUCACGCGACUACGGUUAUACAUCGUGCUAGAAAGACUUUC